CGGCUGCUGUCGUCCGGAGGUUUUCUCGCUCGCUCGAGAAUUUCUUUUCCCAGUACCAGCUGAUUAUUGGAGAACAAACCGUAAAACGGCUGUGUGGAUUUGUAUAGUGUUUUGUUGGCGGGUUCAAGUCAACUGCCGCUGCCUAUGUUCCCGUGGACUAUGAUUAUUUGAUGGCCAUGAGUUGUUCGCUCGCGCUAGUGACUUGAGACCAGCGUUUUCAUAAAGCCAUCAUAUUCCGGUUGGUUCGGAUUAGGAGGCGACAGAAGUGAUGGAGCAGUGGGGGGUUAUGAAAAUAGAAGUAGAAUGAACAGUUUUUUUUCUCCCCUGCUUUCGUGAAAAUUGAGUGAAGUAUCGUUCCGAGCGCUUCGGUUCAGUUCGAGACCUUCCCGACUUGGUCAACCUCCGUCAUUUGUCGGUGUUUUCUGUUUUCUUGACUACUUCGAAAGACGACGGCAAACAGUGGGAAAGGAAAGGACUAUUGAUGUUUGAACCUUUUUCGCUAAAGUGGCUCCUAGUUGGAUUUGGAAGUUUUAGCAGAGCGGUUUGUAAAGAUUUCUAUAUUAGAUAUCCCGGAGUUCAACGGAGAAAAUUGAACACAAAGUGGGGGAGGCAACGUGGAACGGAAUAAUAUCGAAUUAACAAUCCUUGUAGCUGUGCAGUGUGUUUUGAAGUGUGUUCUUCGCUAGGUCCUAGUGAUUUCGGAGCCAACGCGAAAGUUUACCAGCGACGUUUCUCGUCAGUUUACUUAUGGUGUUUAUUCACAUAAAUUUUGAUUACGUACGGUUCCAAGUUGUUUAGUUUGCCCACUCGUUUUUUUUUUCGCUCCAACUUUUCCAUCGACUGUGGGAGUAAAAAGGCAAACGUAUGUGUAUGUAUGUGAAGUGAGUGCUUUCACCGGCGAUUUUUCCGCUCCACCACCAGAACGGAAAACUGGCGGUCGUUCGCGCCGCGCCCUUCGCUCGCUCUGUUGGCAAUCUCAUAAAAAUUGUAAUAACAAGAAAAUGAAGUUUACACGCCCGGACUGCCGCUACGAAACAUGAGAACAAUGAUAUCCCGCCCUGAUACGAUGUGGAAACAGAUGAUUAAUGUGUGUAUCAUUUAGCUUCGUCCCAUUCAAGAACCCUCGUUUGGGGUGUGCUGUGCGUAACCUGCGUUCAACGGAAAAGGAUACCGACCGCCGCGCUUGCUGCUUCACUGGUGCCGAUGUGGAUAAGGCUAAGCCCUGAAUACAAUCGCGAAACUCUUCGGAAAGAAACUCAGCUCCAAAGGACUAGAGUAUAAAAUUACCGAAAAUUGCAAACAAGUGUUCUGUAAUUAUAGCUGAGCUUCGUCGUUUUCUCCUCCAGAGCCCGUUCUCAGAUCUAAGUUUUCCAACACCGAGCGCGUGAGGGAACCGGAAGGGCAAAAAACUUCGCGCGACGGAACAAGAACAAUCGCCGUGUUAUAUGGCCCAAGGAAACGAAUCUCAUCUGCGCUCGUUCCGAUGGACAACUUGUUGAGAUCGGAUUAGAGUGAGUGAAGUUUUUCCGUAUUACGGAAAUAUAACCAGCCCGGAGCACCGGGAGGAAAAUACAUAUAAAUAAAGGAAGGAGUUUCCUCUAGAACAUUUCGUUUCCUACGUUUUCCGGUGGGGGAAGCGUUUUUUCUCUCCUUCGGUUGUACAUGAUUCAGUGCUGAAUCGAGACUGUAUAAACGGUCUGUCAUUGUGGAACAAAUCUCGGCUUUAAGAGCUGUCGACAAAAAGCAGCAACAUGUGGAUAUAUACACUCAUCAGCCUUGUUAUAAGCAGGAUAUUGGAUAUAACAGCGUUCUCCAUCAACACAGAUAAUCAGCUGUUUGGCCCACGCAUAGAUUUAGAUUACGGUAGUUGUACGGUAGAGAACACGACAUAUUUCCACGGCGAAACAUUCAAAUUGGAUUGCCGAACACAAUGCGUUUGUCAGAACGGAAGACACGCGUGUUCGACACUGUGCCCACAUGAGAACCUGCCGCCUCCCAACGAUACGGCGAUUUGCGUCGGCCCCAGGCUGGUUGAACUUCCGGACCAUUGCUGCCGGGUGUGGCUUUGCGAGCAACCGACAACCGAUGUGAAUGCAACCUGUUAUAACUCGUCCACGACGCUGUGGUCACCCUGCUCGCAAAACUGUGGCAUUGGAAUCUCAACCAGGAACAUAACCACAACCCCGGGAUGCCAGCGGCUCAGCACCGUGAGGCUGUGCGAGAACCACAAAUGCAGUCGACAGGACAAUAACUACUACAACAUUGCUAAUGAUUAUGGUGACGGAGCGACCGGUCCUCUUGGUGGCAGCAAAAAGCAGCAUCAACAGGGCUACCCGGUUGCUAAUAGUUUGCUGUUGUCCGGCGAGCCAGAACACCGUAGAAGGAAAGGACACGAAUGUCGGAGCAUUCAACGAACAUCCUCCUCUCGGUUGCGGCUGGGUCCAUGUGUGUCCCGGAAGCUCUAUCGGCCGAAAACCUGUGGCCACUGCCAGGAUCCCAAUAUGUGCUGUGUGCCUUCCAUUACUACUACUAUUAAGGUUGAACUUCUCUGCCCACUGAACGCGGGCGAUCCACUCGAGUUCAUCGAGCACGGUUACGACCUCUGGGAUAGUGCAUCAAUCGAUCCCCUGGACCAGGAGAUGCUGCAGUCCCGGCAGAUCAAAAUCGAGAACAAAUACAUCGACGUGCAGUGGGUGUUGAAAUGUGAAUGCGGACCAAAAAUCAGAAAUUGUCGCCCGCGGAAAACAACGGAUCCGGUGGGCGACGGCAGAGAGAGCGGCAGCGACGGAGUUGGCGAAACUAUCGAGGGCGGUUCAUUCGGAGACUUCCCGGCAGUAUCCACUGGCAACCCGCUCGCGAAUGCGGGUAUGCUGCAACCUCGCAAACACCAGAAUGCGCACCACCAUCAGCAUCAACAUCGUCAACGGAAAAACCACCAUCACAAUGAUGGCGGCGAGCUUUUAAAACGGGUUCAUCGAACAUAAUAAACUGAGCCAGAACUGCACUGGUGUAUUCUCCCGCCCGGCGCACCGGUAACCUAAUUGAAGCCUUGUGUGAUAUGGGCUCCCGGAGAAUGUUUGCGAUUGUUUAUCGGUAAAACGAAUGUGCGAGCGGAACGUUGUUCAAAAUGACAUCCAACGGGCGAGGGAAGCUCGAGCAAAUUUAACGUUAUUUGGACAUGAUAUACAAGCCAUGCUUUGAUUUCGAUGGUAAAGUUGGUGGGGGAGCAAAACAAAAACACAUCACUAAAGUGACUUACAUAUUUGGAUCCGUGUCUACGAUACGGUUAAACGCGAACGAUUGCACCAAGGCUGCACAAUGCACCCCUCGAAAACGAAAUAAAAAAGGGAAAUAGAAAUAGUUUCGGUCCGAAUCUGUUCGCAAGUGAUUGUACAUAUAGUAGAACUCUUUUGUACGAACCGGAAAUAAAAUCAAUGCGAGAAAAUAAUAUCUAAAAAGUGAUGAAGUGUUUCAGUAGGAAAUUAUUUACAGAUCAAAUUCGAAUGAAUGGUGGGGGCGAUUUUUGAUACCAUACACGCUAAGAAAGACACAGUCAAUACCACAACCACUAGAAUAACAAACAAAUAUGUAGAUUAAAAUUAAAGCUUGAAUGACAAAACAGGUAUCGCGGAAAUAUUCACCGAAUCGAACUGAGCCAGAGCUCAACCAAACCAAUAGCACAUGUGGAAUAUGGGAAACACAAUUUUAAAAUUUUACUCCACUAGCAAACAAAAAAAAAAUAGAACACACCACAUUUAUAACGGGUGCCAGCUCGGACGCUACAAGAACCCAUCAUAUCGUUUGGAAACCUCAAAGAAUAUAUAGGACACGUAGAAUUUUAGAAACUGCUAUAUAACUAUCAACCAGCAGCCUGCAAGUCAGCUGUAUUGAAUGGUUUCAAACUCACUCCGAUGCUACACUUCUCUCUUCCUCAUUUACCCUUUGGAAUGAUACGGGCAUGUCGAACACGUAACCCAGACGGAAAAUUGGAAUUAAAUUGACGGCUCAGUACAUGUGAAUGCAAUCAUCAUUCCUCAAGGUACGAGCACGCAUAGAGUAUGAUUGAAGUCUUGCCAUAAAAUGCCGGAUUCUGAAUUCAAAGUCAGAUAAGUUCCACUAAAACAUUCUUUUCAAAAGUUCGAAGACUGCUGUUCCUUCUCCAGCUUUCUUAUCACGUAAAUACUGCUAAUGUGUUCUAAUAUUAUUUGUUAUUUUGCUAUGGAAAAAAGUCUCCAAUCCAUCUAUUCUUAGUUUUGAGAAUACUCGUUUCAUUUCAUCCUAUUUCCAUUUUUUCAAACAGCCUGCAGCAACUGCGGAGCAUUCAGGGUAAAACCGACACCCUAAGAUUUUCCAUAUAUUUGCAAGACCUUUCAGGUUUCUUCAACUUCAAACCGCUACAGAACCUCUAUUAAACUUUUCAUUAACCUUUCAACAGUAUCUGUUGAUCAUUUAUUGAGUAGAACUCGAGAUUUGAUAGAAUACGAAAAUUGGCGUUUUUAGGUGAAAUAGAGAGAGUGCGGGUAAAAUCGACACCUCUAGAGAAACGAACUUGUUACAAUAAUUUAAAAUUACAAAUUAUUUAUUGAAAGGGUGCUUCAUGUUUUUUUUGCCAAUUCAACGGCCAGACGACGAAUAUCGGUGAUAAGGAUCCUAUAGAAACGAUUCCUGAGAUCGAUCAGGUGACGGUCAAACUCCUACUUCUGGCCCGGAGUAAUUAGUUUUGAUCUCAGCUUGGGUGAGCAUUCACCGGAGAUGUGACCGAUGAGUAAUAACAUGCCCUACUCAACAUUGAUUCUGGCUGGCGGUCCCGUAUCGUAUGUUGACCCAUAUCUCAUCCCCAGUCAUCAUUCGUUUAUGAAAUAUGUUGAUUCCGUUUGGCCAAGACUUCGCAGAUGGAAAUUCGGUCCAUCAUGUUUUUUUCGUGUUGAUUGGCGUGGCAUCGAGCUUUUUUUUGAAUCCUGCUUUGCGCAAAUGGUUUAAACCUGUUUUAUGGUCGAUGUUCUGCUCCCGGGCGAUGCUACGACCGUUAACAUGCCAGUAAACUUCGAUUAUGUGUGUGAUUUUAUCGACAUUUACUACCGAGCUAAUAAUGGAUUUCUUUCUCCCCAGCCUAAUAUUUAUUUAGUUCGAAAGUCACAAACUUCUCCCUACAUUGGUAUCAGUUUUCAUAUCUGUCUUUUCGACACGGACAGGGUAGAAUUCAGCAACUCGUAUAACUUUCGUUAAGCCUAGUUUAUACGGUGCGAGUAAGCAUACGAGUCGGUCUAGUCAGCAACUGCAGUGCAGAUACUCACACCGUGUAAACACAUCAUGCCAGUUAGUGUCAUGCAAGAUCCGGCGUGCGAGCUGCUUCAAAGUUUUUUUGAUUUUACUCGCACUCGCAUCCCUCAAAAUGUCAGAAACAUCAUUCAGCGUUCGGAUCAGGGAUGUCAAAUGUAAAGAAAUAUCUCAAUUUUGAAGAUAUUCAAAAUAUGCGAAGCUAUGAACAGACUUGAUAAUUGUUGGAAAAACAAAUAAAACCCUCAUAUUUUCUAAAUGAAAUUGUUGUUAUUUUGUUUUGCACGCUUUCUUUUUGGGAUAGUUUUUUUUAAUCUAUAAUAUAAAAUAAUUAUCAGACACAAUAUUAAUGCAAAAUUCACUCACCACUUGCAAAAAAAGUAUUGUUUCAAAGAGCAGAAUACAUAUUCGAUUUGAAAAAGUCCAUAAUGAAUGUAUUAUUUUAAUUUUUGACGUGUUUUUAUUACACCUGCAAAUCUACUACCAUUUUCAUUUCACAAAUUGGUACACGAAGCUGCUGUCAAGGUGAAAUAAAUUAAAUUUAAAAAAAUCUUUUAGACUGCCAUUUAUAGCAUCACAUACUUUCGGAAUUAUCUUACCUAUGGAUGCUUUCGAAAUUCUAAAAAAUAUCGACAGUAAUCUGAACGGUAUUCCAGAAGAAAGGUACAUCAAUGUCAUUUCUAAUUUCACUCUUGCAGGUAUAGCAUUCCUCAUGAGUGUAUUUUGGCGUAGUAUUUUUGGAGCAAUUAAAUCCAACAGUGUUCAGUUCUUGUUCAGGUGUUAUUCUCAGCACUGCUCUGUACUCUCGGGGAUCAUCAUCGUAGAGUUCCUUCAAUAUUGUAUGUGUUGCUCCCUUUUUGCAUCCAAUUACUGGCCUAAAUCAUUUUUUGACGUAGGACUACGUCUUAUAUUAAGGGUGCCAAAUCAGAAAACAGGUCACGUUUUUAUGAAAUUUUUUUUUUUAUUAAAUCGUUUAUUUUUGCAGGCUCAGUUGCACACAUUUAAAAGAGCCGAAUUCUUAAAUAUAUUUUUAAAAACUAUAUAUAAACAAUUUUUCUAACUCUAUGGUUAGUAAGGUGGUAAACCGAAUAUUCGCGGUUUACUCUAGUUUUAGAAGGGUCACAUGAAAUAAAGUUAACGUUCAACUGCUUUUGCUGCGAACGGAUUUUAACAAUUUGCAUACCAAUCGAAUCGCAAAUAUUCUAAAAUUUGUUUUAUAUGCUAUACAUUGCAAUCCCAUAGUCUGUAUAUGGUUCAAAUUAAUGAAAACAUUCGUUCUGUCCAUUUGUGUGCUUCUCCCGAACAGAGCUGUCUAUAACGGGCAACUUAUGCAGCCGCUGGAAUAGAAACAACGAAGGGGGAUAGCGAAAGGAGAAUAUUUGCGAAGUAAACUCCACCCUUGCAUAGUAGGUAAGCUGUCGACAGCGUAUAAGUUAGGGUGCCAAUGAAUGUAUGGGAAAAAAUCGACUCUAAAAUUUAAAAAAUCUACCCUAUACAAAAUGUUAACCACCUCGAAAAACACUCUAUGCAAAAUAUCUGCUCAAUCGUACUUGAGGGAGAGCGACGCGAAGCGGUCAAAGUUUGAGUUUUUUCUAAAAUCGAAAAAUCACCCAAGGGGGGAGUAAAGAAAUCGGGGUUUUCGAAAUUCGGAAUUCCCAUUUUUUCCAUUUUUCUAAAAUCCGCGUACACGGCCGCUUCCACACAGAAUGUACUAAAUGAUAAGUAAUCUCUCUUGCGAUACUGACACCAUCUAGCGAUGAGGCUAAGUACUUAUCGGAUCGCCCUCGUAUUUCGCGAUAAAUGUAAUGAUAAAUGUAAUGUGUAAUGAUGAAUUCAAUUGUAAACCUGUGACGAAAACUGCCAAUAGAGAAGUCGAUUUCGGAUUAAUCAUCUAACAAAUUCGAACCUGAUUGCUGUUUCUGACUAUUUUAAGGACAUUUGAAAAUCGCCUGGCAUCCCUGGCAUUUCUCGCCAGCAGCUCACACUGUGUGAACGGACAAGGCGAGUCACCCAAUUGUCAAGUGAGUUCACCGGGUCAGUAGCUGCUCACUGUCAAGUCACCUACUAGCAACGUAUAAAUGGGCCUUUAGGCAUAAAUGCCACAUCUCCCUUUCUCUUAAAAAUCUGAAUCACAGCCUUCAUUUACAUAAUUCGCCAAAAGCACGGACCGCUUAUAAGUGUGCUUCAGUUUGAAUGUCUCAACUGAUGAAUCUACUGAUGCUGCAGCUGCAGCACCGAAACACUCAUGUGACUCUUGAUGAUCACUAAACGAAAUUUAUAUCUCAGAUGAAAGGAGAACCUUUUUGGAAUGAGCAGAGCUUCGUUGAUAUACUGUCCAGUUUCUUCAUUCUGUACUGUUGCACGGGUCCAAAUUUCUCUAUAGCAGUAUACUCAGUAGAGGUAUAGGGGAAGUGGGGGCAUAGUGGUCACCCUAAAGAAUAUGCCCAGUUCCAGCGUCCACAUACCGAUUUAGUUCCCGUUUCUUGAAGAAUAUUAUAGGUCAACUCAUUGUUGUUCAAGAUAUCAAACGGCUUUUACUAUAAAAAUUCGAAAUAGUACACUUUUCAUCACUAGAAAAAAGAUGAAAAAUCGAACUUUUUUUUUGCUUGGAGGUAAAGUGGUCACCUAGUGGGGGCAAAGUGGUCACCCGCACAUAUCAAGCAAAAUGGGAUAGAUUUAUGCGUUUUUUUCGUCCAAAUUUGUUCAAAUCAUAUUUGAGAUAGUAGGUACAUGUAUGAAAUAAGCUUGGCCUUUUCACCUAGAGUCUCAAUUUAAAUUUUUUCUUGCAUACAAAAACCUAGGAAGAAACGCAUAAUGAGGCUUGGUUUAGUUGGAGUGGCAUCUUUAUCCAGGGUCAAAGCCAUAAAAGGAUCUUCUUCAAGAGCAGAAUGUGAUGAGGUAUAUCAGUUUUAGUAAAAAGAACAUUGUAAGUUUUUAUUCACCUAUGAUUCACCUUUGCCCCCAAACAUGAAAAUAAUUUCUAUGCUGAUUAAUUGCUGAGAUUAAACGAAAUAUCUGUUCACCUCCCCUAGAAUAUGUAAACAGUCGUCCACACUAAUGAUUUGUCCAACAUAUCAGAUUGAGUAAACUAAAUUUCACGAGAAAUUCCUUAGAUACCAUGCGAACAGAACUACGGCCGAAUGGCUAUCGAGAGAGUAAUUUCUGUUUUUAUUUGUAUUUUGACAUGCGAUAGCUCUACUGAAGUACAGGGUGACUCAAAAGUCAUAAAAUUCUUCAAACAUAAGGUGACUAUCAAUACGGCAUCUAUAGUCAAUAGUUAUACUACCAAACAAGCAGGUGACCACUUUACCCCCAAUGAUCAAUUUGCCCCCACUACCUUUGAGUAAAGAAUAGCUUAUUACCAGGAGUGACAUUUUGCAUCCCGUCGGAUUGUUAGAUUCUCGGCUGUUGUUUCCCCGUUCACCAGAAAAGUGCUGCUGGAUUCUAUCACGAUCAUGAAAAUCUUCACUGCAUGUAGCGAUCCGAUAUCCUUCUAAGAAGGUAUCUUCAUUCAGAUGUUUCUGCCUGUCAAAUGUUCGGUUGGUGUCUAGGUCGUUAGAGAGUGGGGCGCUGAAUAAUAGUCAUCCAAGUCAUUCCUCUAAUUCCUUUUCAGUUUCUUAAAGAGUGAGCGGUUCUACCGCCAUACCUCUUCGUUUUUCAGUGUCAAUAGGGUAUUGUAGAGAUGAGACAUAUUCCAUUUUCCUUACACAUCAUUUGCCAAAGAAUUCUUUGGCGUUAUCAGUUAUAGUUAUAGUUAUUGGAAGCGCCGAAAAAUAUUGCUAAGACUUUCAACUGUUUCUUCACUUUGUCAUAAUUUUGUCAUUUUUCUUAGCAAUUAAAGUAAUCUAUUACGAUCAAUAGAUACUCUCCAGAUGAUAGAGGACCAAGAAAGUGUAUUGCCACGUCGGUUCGCGGUUCUGUUGGUAAAGUUAUUCUCUGCAUUGGUUCAGAUUUCUGAGGUAAUUCGAUCAAACGAUACCCUUCACAGUUAGUUGUCCACUUUGAGAUCUCCCAGUGCAUUUCUGACCACCAAGCUCUUUAUCUUCAUUGUUGACCAACCAGGAUGCACUUUAUAGGCUAGCUGUUGGAAUCUUUUACGCAGACUAACCGGCAUCACCAUUUUGUUUUCUGGAACGACGAUUUCUUCAACUUUUUUCGCUGCACUAUGAUUAUUGUUUUAAUAUCUUGCUUAAACAAAGACUCUUUUUAAAUUGCCAAAUUAUUCCGUUUGUCUUUAUACCUGCAAUAAAAAGAGCUUACAAGGCUGGGGCAAAAACAUUGUCACCACCUUUUUUGGGACUAACGGGCAGUGGCAACUAUAGUGCAAUUCCUAUUGAAAUCGAACUAAAAAUGCCGAUUUUAAAAACUUGUAUUAUUGAUUCGAAAGAAAGUUUGCUUCCGGUUGCACAGAAUCCCGCCCAAAACAUGCACGAGCCUCCACCAAAAUUCCUGGUUGAAAAAAACUGUUCCUUCUUCCGUAAAUCACGCCAGUACCCGUUGAAACCAACAGGACCAUCCUAUUUUCAUCCUAUUUUGAACCUAUUUUCGUCAGUGAAGAUAACCUAUACAUUGAAGAACUUUUCGUUAUGGUGUAUAGAAAAAUAUAUUUUUUGGCACAUUCUUUGUCACAACCAGUGCCGAAAAUAUUCACGUUGACGGCAUUCAAAUACGGCGAAUUUCAGCCUGCUUUGUAUUGACAACCUACUGCUCAAGCGAGAGUCGAUAAAUAUGGAACAACACUAUCAAUGAACACCAGUGCAAUGAACAUCAACAUCAGCUUGCCAUAAAGUUCAUUUUUCAUUUGCAUAUUCAUUUUCGCCAUGAUAUUCGUAACGUCGAAAUUGAAUAUCAUUGCGUGUUAGUGAAAAUAAAAGCAUAAAAUUCUACGUCAACUAAUUGAGAGUGAAAUCGAUUAAUGGUAAAUGAUAGCCAUUUAUUAUACAAAAUUAUUGUUUUUGGCGACAUUGGCAAUGAAAUGUAUGGUAUAACUCUAGCUAUAUUUUAUGAAUCUACUCCCCAUUGGCAAGAAAUGGCGUACACCCCAAUUAUAUGGGCAAUGGGUGACAAUAACAGACGAGCGAAAAACGAACAUAAUCUUGUUUUGAUUUCCGGUUUAAUGAUACUGGCUAUAAAUGACUAGCAAUCAUAUAAAACCCCUACGAUAUGGGUAUUGGAUGGAAGGGCUUAAACAGCGGAAGUCGAAUAUCGUAUUCCGGUGGCUUCCGGUGCAUUGAAAACCCUAGGAGACCGAAAAUGGAGUUAGUGAAAUGGAGUCAGAUGAAGAAAGUGUUAGAAUCUAAGAUCGUGUUAGAGCGAAAUGGCGAUAGUAAAAGAUCAUAUAAAGCGAAAACGGAAACGGGAACGGACCGUACCCUUCACGGUAAAGAUCGCGAGUUCAAUUCUCACUCCCGACAUUCUUCCAAAACUGGAAGUGACAAGCCAGCCAAAAAGGUGUUGAAAGUCAUUAUAAUACAGUAUAAAAAAGAAACGGAAACGGAAACGGAACGCUUAACGCCGUUCAACGCUAGAUGUCGCUCAAUCGCUCAACACCGCACAACGGUCAACGCUCAACGAAAGCUAAUGUUGCCUUCUCCGGAUUCCUUUGUUUCUAAAUAUGGAAAUCAAACACAUUUUCAAUAGAAAUUCACUGCAAGCGAUGAGAAUCAACUUAACGUUCGUGAUAAUCACCUGAAAUUAUUGACAGUAAUGGAAGUGUCUGAAUGCAGGCUUUCCGAAAUUCGUUCAUGCUCUAUUCGUUCAAUAUACCAGACAAAGUUCACGCGUCUCGACUCUUGUGUUAUACUCAUUAUGACAGAUAUGGCGUUGAGUUUCAACAGAAGAAAAUUCAUCCGACACUGGGAAAAAGCUAAUGUCUUCAUUCGUGAACAGAUUUUGAUAAUUUGUGGCACUGGUCACAACAUACCAUGUCCCACUGUCGGUUCAUGUGAGCUUUGGCAAAACUCAGAUGCCUUCCGAUGUGAGAUGGUGUAAGAUGAGGAGCUUUAACUUUUUGAACCCUCUUUAUGUGAGGAUUUUUUACCAAAACUUGACGAAUUGUUUACCAAAACUUGACCAAAACCAACAUUGUUUACCAAAACAUGACGAAUGUCAAUAUUGCUUUAUUUGAAUAAGGGGUUUUGAAGUAUUCGAAGCUGUUCUAGCUAUUUCCCGCUUAUCCCGGUCAGAGAGCUUCGAUUUACGUGGAGCUCACUUCUUCUUACUGUAUCCUUGAGGAUUCGUCAAAUAAUUGAGCACCACUUGAUGGGAUCGUCCAAUCUGACGAGAAAUUUCUCUGAUACCAAUAUUUUCUUGGUGAAAUGCAUCGAUUUGUCUUUCUUCUCUCUCUGUGAGCACUUUUCCCUUCGGCAUUUUCCAAAUUUAUUGAUCAAAACAACUAAAACAACGGAAAAAUGUAACUGGUCUUAUAGAAACUUGACACUUGAAACAUUUGGUUUACGCUCAGCGCUUGCACACACACACACACACACACACACACA